AUGACGGCGAGCGGAAAGAUUCGGAAAUGCGCGCCAUCAGAAGAAGAGCUGGAAGGAUCAACUGACAAGGAGGGCGUGGGCAGUGCGAAGGCGCGUGCUCAUGACAGUAAAGGCAAAGAUGCUUCGGAACUCAUCAGCCACGAAGACAAGAUGCGUGCUUUGGCCGGCAUCAGCUACGAUGACUUUGCCAAUCUCAUGACGGAAAGACGGCCCUCGGCUCCUGCACCGAAGUUCAAAGUGGUUCACUAUUAUCCGCGAUCGUCGAUCUUGGACGACGAGCUCUCUACGAUCUCUCCUUUUGGAUGCUUGGGACUUGUUCAGCAUCGUUUCAAGCAAACAUUCAACUCUGUCUCCGAGGACCCAUGCAGCAGAUUCCGCGGUAGAGUCCUAACAUGUAUCGACGGAAUCAGCAGGGAGGAUUUUUUCGUUGGCAGUCCUUUUUGGAUAGGACGUACGGCGCAUUUUGAUGUAACCCUCUUCAAUACGGCUUUCCACAACGAGCUUUGGCGUGCGGGAGCCAGCAGCCAUGCCGAAUCCUACUCGUACGGCACCGCCCACGCCCCAAUUGGACCGGAUCAGGUGUUGCUCCUGGUCAACACGCUCGACCUUGGGGUCAGUCUGCUCGAUGUUGCCAAGCAAGUUAAGAGCAAGGUCGACCAAUCCGUCGAGAUUACGAUCGAAACCCUUCAGAAUGUCCUGAUCAUCUCAACUUCGAAGGAUCCGUCUAUCUCCUCGGCAAGUUUCGCACUCCAUUUGUCUUGUGCAGCUUCGACAGCUCUUUCGACAUUAAGUAAUUACGUACGUCAGUACGAGCUUCGCGAAUCGGUAGAGAUUACUAACACCUUCAGCAUUCACUCGGAGCUGCCUACAAGGGAGGAAAACCACCAUCUCGAGUUCGAGGGAACUGUUUAUGCUCUGGGCAGGUACCGCAGCAUUCGCGAUUUCGUCCCGGAUUGCUUCAUCGUGGACCUCAGCGGUAUGGAGUUUGCCGGAAACGAGAAUCGAAUCUACUGCCUUACCCAGCACGACGUCUGA